GCCUCAAGCAGACGGACUCUAGUCCUGGUCCCCGGCCGGCUGCUGCAGCAGUGGCAGCAGGAGGUCCGGAAAUUCCUUCCCGCAAAUGCCGUCGAACUCUACUUGGGCGUCAGCGACAUCCCGGAGCGAGGAGCCGUUCCCCAAGUGCUUCUGUCACCCGUGGAGAUUCUGUCGACGGCUGCGAAACGGCCGCGGAUGGAGGCCUCUGUGGACAUGGACUUGGACCUUGCGGAGAUGGCGCACAAGCUGCGGGCAAUCUGCCUCAACGGGGUGGACCGGAUUGUCGUCGACGAGUUCCAUGAAAUCUUGGACUCAGCAUCUAGCGGACGCCUGCUGGCAUUGCAGGAAUUGUGGGCCGACUGUGGAGAGGCGACAGCGCUGUGGGGCCUCACCGGCACGCCGCCCCUUAGCGACUUUGCUUCUGUCGCGCGGAUCGCUGAGGCCUUCAAGAUAGACUUGCAGGCGUUUCGGCGGCAGCUGGAUGCCAGGGAGAUGGCGCAGAGAAUGCUGGAUUAUGUGGCGAGGGCAAACGGCUCCUCUGCCUUGUCGGGUCUUGACGUUCAUGAAGAGUUGGUCUCUCUCUACCAUACGCCAGCCGAGCGCGCAAUCUACGUUCAAGGGGUUGCGGAUGCAAAGCGCAAGCACAAGCAGCUGAAGCAGAUGGGCCAAGUAGAUCAACCAGUUUGCUCUGACUUGCUGCAGCUGUGCUCGCACUUUCGGUUGGAAGAGGCUGAUGUGGAAGCGGACGCCGAGAGGGAAAGUGCAUCGCUUCUGCGGACAAGAGCAGACGCGGUGGAGACUGCUCGGCAGUGGCUGUUGGUAUCUGCUAGACGGAUGGAGGCAGAAAUCCUGUCGGCGCGCCGCGGCAAUGGCCUCCCGACCCUCGUCGCAGAGCAGUAUGCGCAGCUGCUGGCCGAAGUCGGCGGCGAGCCUCUGAGUCGCUCGACGGAAGCCGUGGCCUCGCAGAUCGCCGGGGCCAGUGCCGCUCGGCAAAGCGCCGGCCAGGGCCGGCGACACGAGCGCGACGCGGACGACCUGAUCCUGAGGGCCAUCACGGAAGUUCGUGACUCGAGCCUGGCUUCUGCCGCUAGCGGCGCCGAAGUCGUUUCCGAGGGUGCGCCAGAAAAUUCUGGAGAUAGCUUGGAGCUCUUGGUGGAGCUGCUGGAGGAGGUGAAGCAGGCCAAGGAGGCCUUCCGCCAGAGGAGUCACGACCACGCUUUCUUGGCGGCGAUGCUCAAGGCAGCCGAGGCCAGACAUGCCAAGUGGCGUAGCUAUCAAUCGCAGUUACGUUCUGAAGAUGGAGCAGAGCGCAAUAUGCAGUAA